AUGGAUAAUUUAAGAGAAAUACAAGGAAAAAUGGCUCAUGAUCCUCACUGUGUGUUUUCAUAUUCAAGAUAUAGACGUCAAGUCUGGGUUCCUGGUCCGGUGAUCGUUGGAGCCGGCCCAUCUGGGCUCGCAGCGGCCGCCUGCUUGAAAGAGAACGGAGUCCCGAGUGUCGUCCUCGAGAGAUCAAACUGUAUAGCUUCACUCUGGCAACUCAAAACCUACGAUCGUCUCCGGUUACACCUUCCCAAGAAAUUUUGUGAGUUGCCAUUGAUGCCGUUCCCGGAGGAUUUUCCGACGUACCCAACUAAGCAACAGUUUGUUGAGUACUUAGAGGUUUAUGCAAAGAGGUUUAGAAUCGAACCGGUUUUCGAGCAAAGUGUGGAGAGCAGUGAGUAUGAUGAGAGUGUAGGGAUGUGGAGAGUGAAGAGUGUAGGGAUGAAAGGGGAGGAGAUGGAGUAUGUUUGCCGGUGGUUGGUGGUGGCUACCGGAGAGAAUGCGGAGGCGGUGGUGCCAAAGAUAAAAGGGAUGGUGGAGUUUUGUGGGGAGGUAAAGCAUACGUCGGAGUAUAAGAGUGGAAGUGUGUAUAAAGGAAAGAAAGUGUUGGUGGUGGGUUGUGGGAAUUCUGGAAUGGAGGUGUGUUUGGAUCUCUGCAAUCACAAUGCCAACCCUACUCUUGUUGUUAGGGAUGCUGUACAUGUCCUACCACGAGAUAUGUUGGGGAAAUCGACUUUUGGGUUGUCCAUGUGGUUGCUGAAAUGGUUUCCCAUGAGAUUAGUUGACCGGUUUCUGUUGAUAGUGUCAUGGCUGGUACUUGGAAACACAGCUAAGUGCGGACUUGACCGGCCAGUGGUGGGACCACUCGAGCUUAAAAACUUGUCAGGAAAGACGCCGGUGUUGGACGUCGGGGCCCUUGCCAAGAUCAAAAAGGGAGACAUCAAGAUACUUCCAAGCAUUGAACGAAUAGGGCAUCAUGGUGUACAAUUUGUGAAUGGGAAAAUAGAGAAUUUUGAUGCAAUUAUUUUAGCAACAGGAUACAAAAGCAAUGUACCAUAUUGGCUAAAGGAGAAGGAGAUGUUUUCAGAUAAAGACGGGUUCCCUCGAAGACCGUUUCCAAACGGUUGGAAAGGUGCAAACGGGCUUUAUGCUGUAGGGUUCACCAAACGUGGCUUGCUUGGUGCAUCAGCAGAUGCUAAACGAAUAGCAGAAGACAUUGGCAAAUGUUGGAAAGCGGAAGCUAACCAUCUCGUGACCAUAACCAAACGUUCGUUUUCGUUGCAACCCUAGUUUUGUAUUUUUGGGGGUAUUUUUUUGGGUUUUAUAUAUAUAUAUUUUUUUGCCUUUUUUCUUGACUCAUGUUAGAUAAACACACAUUCAAUUUCACCUACAAUUGAAUGAAAUUUUUUUGUUAGUACAACAAACCAAUUUAGUUGCUUUAAUUAGCAAGAUUCCAUGAAAAUAGAGAGGGGCAAAGAUUGUUGGGUUGUUUUUAGGUUUUUGAUAGUUGCAAGUGUGAUAAUAAUCAUGAUAUUUCUGAGAAUUUCGAGCGUUACAGAUCUGUAAAAACCAAUU